AUGGGUCGAAAGUUAAAUGCGGGUCAGGGAGCUCGUCCCAGCCCUGGUGGUAAUACUGAACUCCUACCGGGAUCUACUUUGGAAGACUAUUUAAUGAAAACCAAUGGUGGCUCUCUGUCUCCUACUCAAACAACAGUUAGACAGAGUUCCAACCAGCGAGAAAACCACCGAAAACCAGCAAACGUGGCGUUGCCAAGUGUGGAACUGGAUCCAGUCCUGGCAAUUCUGGAGUCCGAUGUGGACAAGCUCGAUCGGUUUAGAGAUCAAUUCCGCAAAACGGGUACGUCUUGCCUAUUUACAAUAGCCGUCUCCAAAUAA